GAGUUGUACAUUGACUGCUGAGAUGAUGGGGCCAAGGUUCCCCUGGCUGCUCUGGGCCUACGCAUGCUGCUGGAGCGGUGGCUUUUGUGGGAAGGUGGUGGUCUGGCCCACCGAUGCAAGUCACUGGAUCAAUGUGAAAGUGCUGCUGGAAGAGCUUGUUCUCCGGGGUCAUGAAGUGACUGUGCUGGUGCCCUCAAGCAAUCUGCUCAUCAACUACCGAGACACCUCCUCUCCCUUCACCUUUGAGGUCCUGCAAGUCCCCUUUACCCAGAAGACCCUGCAUGCUGUGAUGGAGGACUUCCUCAAUUUCUGGAUGAAUGAGGCCUCUAAUCUCUUCCCCUGGGAGAUCAUGUGGAGGAUGAAAAAGGACCUGGAGGUUUUUACCAAUAUGUCAAAGCAGACCUGUGACACCUUGUUGAUGAACCCUCAGCUGAUAGAAAAGCUGCAGCAGGCCAAGUUUGAUGUUCUGAUCGCUGACCCCCUGUCUGUAGGUGGGGAGCUCGUAGCAGAAAUCCUAGCAAUUCCGUUUGUCUACAGCUUCCGCUUCUCUGAUGGGAAUGUGGUAGAGCGGCUGUGCGGUGGGCUCCCGUCCCCACCUUCUUAUGUGCCUGCUAGCACAAGGGGGAUGACAGACCAGAUGUCCUUCGUGGAAAGACUACACAACUUCCUCUUUUACUUUUACACGGAUUUAUUUUUCUUGAAGUUCUGGCGAGAUGAAUGGGAUGGGUACUACAGUAAUGUCUUAGGAAGGCCCACAACCCUGUGUGAGACAAUGGGGAAAGCAGAGAUAUGGUUAAUCAGAACAUACUGGGAUUUUGAAUUUCCACGCCCUUUCCUGCCCAACUUUGAGUUCGUUGGAGGCCUUCACUGCCAGCCUGCAAAGCCGUUACCAAAGGAAAUGGAAGAAUUUGUUCAGAGCUCAGGGGAACACGGCAUCGUGGUAUUCUCUCUCGGGUCAAUGGUCUACAACCUAAGUGAUGAAAAAAGCAAUGUGAUUGCCAGAGCCCUCAGUCAGCUUCCACAAAAGGUCCUGUGGCGGUACAAAGGAAAAAAACCAGAAACUCUGGGCUCCAACACCAGGAUUUAUGACUGGAUACCCCAAAAUGACCUGCUUGGCCAUCCCUUGACGAAGGCCUUUAUCACUCAUGGUGGGACCAAUGGGAUCUAUGAAGCUAUCUACCACGGGAUCCCGAUGGUUGGGAUUCCUAUGUUUGCCGAUCAGCACGACAACAUUGCUCACAUGAGGGCAAAGGGAGCUGCAGUUGAGCUGGAUUUCAGCACGCUGGAGACACAGGACCUAGUUGAUGCACUGAAUACAGUCAUUAACAAUUCCACCUAUAAGGAAAAUGCUCUAAAGUUAUCUAAGAUACACCACGACCAGCCAGUUAAGCCUCUGGACAGAGCUGUCUUCUGGAUUGAAUUUGUCAUGCGUCACAAAGGAGCAAAGCACUUGAGACCAGCUGCUCACCAUCUCACCUGGUACCAGUACCACUGCCUGGAUGUCCUGGCAUUCUUGUUCACCUGUGCAGCUAUUGUCGUCUUCAUUCUUGUCAAGUGCUGCUUAUUUUGCUGCAGGAGAUGUGGCAGGAUGGCAAAGAGGAAGAAAGAAUAG